AUGGAAUAUGUUAAGUUUGAUUGCCCGAUGAUUCGGAGAAUCAAUAACUUGAGUACGCAUGAAAAAUUUGUAUUAUCAAUCAAUAAUGUCGAGCUCUUAAUCAAUAAAUCUGUUGCAGUUGCAAUUUCAGAAAAAAUUUCCGACAAAUUCCAAUUAGAUAAAAGCAUUUCAAAAAUAAGCAUUAUCACUGAAAUAAGAUCUCCUAAAGCAUUAAAUAUAUUAAAUGAAAUACUUCAAAAUGGAAAAGCAGAAUUUGAAAAUGAUCAAAUACUUUUGGUUGAUCUUUUACAUAUUGGAAUCGAUCUAGAUAUACAAGAAUUAAUUUCUUUAUAUAAACAGUACGUCAUUGAUGAAACAAAAAUAGACGAAGAUAAUUGCAUUCAUUUGCUCGAAUUUUAUAUACAAAUUUCAUCAGAGGAAAAGAUAACAGAAUGUGUUGAUUUUAUUUCCUCACAUUUUUAUUCAAUUGAUGAGAAUGAACUCAUAAAAAAAUCGAAAACACUUGGAUUCGAAAUUCUUCAAAAUAUAAUAAGAAAUGAAAAGCUUGUUAUAGAUGAUGAAGAUUCUAUUGCCAGUAGCAUCAUAUCUCUUACCAAAGAAAGCGAAAUUUUCUAUCCACUUCUUGAAUACAUUAAAUUCGAGUUUUGUAGUGAACAAAUUUUGGAUGAAUUACAAAAUUUAACUAAUGAAAAUAACUGCAUUUAUAUUGUCAAAUCCUUCCAUGAUUCUUUGGUAAGAGCAAAAAUGACCUGUCCAGAGAAUCCCCGCUUCAUUGGCUCAAAAGAAAUUCUAUCGAAAAUCGAUACACUGAAAAAUUCUGAUGAUAUAAGUGAAAUUUAUAAAUUCUUUGAUAAUUUAUCAAAAGAAAGUCGAAGAAAGAUGAUUUCGAAAGCCAUUCAAGAAGGUCUCUGCCAAAAGAAUUUUCAUGGCUUUACUAUCUUCCAUAUUGCAAUUCUAGAUGGAAAUCUUAAACUCGUUAAAUACUUAAUAUCGGUUGGGGUUGAUAAAGAUGCAAAAGCAAAUAUAAGAGCUUUUCUAUUACAUUUUGGUGAUGAAGAUGAAAGUAUUCUUGAAGGCAUUAAUGAUGUUUUGGAUAAUGAAGAAAUUCAUCCAUUGCAUUUUGCUGCGGCUUCACAAAAUCUUGAAAUUGUUCAAUAUCUUAUCUCUAUUGGAGCUGAUAAAAAUGCAAAAACUGCAUUUGAUGUUACUCCACUUCAUGUUGCUGCCGCCUCAAAUAAUCUUGAAAUUGUUCAAUAUCUUAUCUCUAUUGGAGCUGAUAAAGAUGCAAAAGCAGUUUCUGGUGUUACUCCUUUCCAUUGCGCAUUAGUUUCUAAAAAACUUGAAAUUAUUCAAUAUCUCAAUUCAAUUGGAGUUGACAAAGAUGCAAAGUUUGAUAAUAGAUUUAUAGACUUUCUUCAACUUAAUGAUAAAGAUGAAACUAAAUAUAUUUUUGAAGUUGCAUCUAAUAAAGCUCCAAAGACUGAUGAUGGAAUGAUCUCAUUACAUUUGCUUGCUUCAGACAUGCAUUCAUUCAAUGAAGAGUUAGCAAAAUACCUCAUUUCAAUAGGAGCUGAUAAAAAUGCAAAAUCAGAAAAUGGAUAUACCCCAUUGCAUAUUGCAUCAAAAUUUGAUAAUCUUGAAAUGGUUGAAUAUCUAAUCUCUAUUGGAGCUGAUAAGAGCAUUAAAACAAAAGAUGGAAAGACACCUCUAUCCGUUGCAACUGAUAGAGUUAGAGAAUAUCUAUCAAGUUUAUGA